AUGAAUAGAGAAAACAAGAGGAAAGGGGCAAGGCCAAGAGGCUUGUCUACAAGGCUGGCCACUCCUUUCACAAUCAGAUGUCUGUCAUGUGGGUCUUACAUCUACAAGAACAAAAGACAUAACGCCGUCAGAGAAAUAGCACAGGAUAAGGACUAUCUGGGUGUAGAGAGCUACCGGUUCCACAUCAUAUGCACUGGGUGUGGCAGGGCACUGUGCAUAAGGACUGACCCAAAGAACGGGGUAUAUGUUACCGAGAGUGGAUGUAUCAGAAUAGAUGAAGAGGUUACCAAACAAGACGAGGAGAAGGAUCUGUCUGUGAAGCUGAGAAAAGAGUCUGACAUGAAAGACGAGAUAAGCAAGCUUCGAGUGCAAACAAGCCAUGUCGACUCGUCGAGCUCGGCUUUCAAUAGCUCAGACAAGCUGGGGAAAUAG